UUUGACUUUACCCAAGGGUACUGAUUUGUAAAUCACAAUCUCUCCGAUUUCGCUCUAAAAUUCUUCAGAUUUAUUAUCUUGUUCUUCGAUUCGAUUUCUUUUUCGUUCUAUUCGAUUUAACCUCUAUCGGUUGAUCCCGCUUUCGUUUCUUAUUGUUCUGGGAUUUCUAUUCUAGGGUUAGGGUUUCGAAAUUCUCUUAAAACAUUCGAUUCGUUUUCGAUUUUGUUUGAUCUGUGAAUCUUAGGGUAUAUACUAGCUUUUAUUUGUCCGUAUUUAUCUGGGUCAGCCUUCAUUUCUUGGAUUCUUUGAAAAGUUUGAAACUUUAUCGGGGCUUUCGAAGCUUCGAAUUUUCGAUUGAUUUAUAUUGUGAAAAUUGGGAUUUUUUCUGUUGGGUUUAAUUGAAUUUUAAUUUGUCCGCUGGUGUUAUUAAUUGAGUUCUUCAGUGGAAGAUUUAGAGAAAAAUGAUUCACAAAAGACACUAUGCUGAUGAGGAUUCUUUUGAGUUCCCUUGUAAGCACCCAAAACUGUGUGACUACACCAAUCACCUUGCUCCUAUCAUGGAUUUCAAUCCUUCCAAUGAUGCUGGUCUGGAACCUCAAACUUCAGAAGAUGGAACCAGCCACAGCUUCAGCAAAUGUCAAGAUCAAAAGGCAUUUGCAUUUGAUUCUGUUACAGAAGUUUCAAAUGGGACUGAUGAGGAAUUUGAAAUAGGUACUUCUGGCUGUAUUUCUCAAUUUCUGUGGGAAAACAGCAGCAUUGCCGAAGCAGAUGCUAAGUUUGAGGCAGCAUUUCAUCUGUCAUUUUUUCCAGAAUAUUUUGCCCCUCAACACCAGCUAAGGGCUUUGCUUCAAUCCGAUGAGACUUAUUCAUCUCUUCUUGAAGUUCCUCCUCUGAUUCCAGUUUCUAUUGGACCUGAGCAUCAAGCUGAUGUUCCUGAAUGGAACCCAAGGGGUUCAAAGAGCUUUGUGGAUAAUCUGGAUGUGUCAGGCCAUCAAGUUGAACUUGCACCUUCUCCGGAUUUUAGCCUUAUUGUUGAUGAUGGUGAUGAGGAGAAGCUGAUGGGUACUUGUGUCAUUUCAAUGCCUGAUUAUGAAAUGUCUGCCAAUUAUUGCUCAGAAAGAUGUGGAAUCAGAAAUUGUUGUAAAUGCAUUGAUAGGGAUUCUAUUGAUUGUGUCAGACAACAUGUUAUGGAAGCCAGAGAAAAACUUAGGCAAAACCUUGGGGAAAAAAUAUUUGAGGAGUUAGGUUUCUGUGAAAUGGGAGAGGAGGUCUCAAAGAGAUGGACUGAAGACGAAGAGCAAGCUUUCCAUGAAGUUGUCUUUUCUAACCCUGCAUCAAUGGGGAAGGAUUUUUGGGACCAUCUCUCAUUAGUUUUCCCCUCCCGAACAAAAAGGGACCUUGUCAGCUAUUAUUACAAUGUCUUUAUACUACACAAACGUGCCAAUCAAAACAGGUUUGACCCGCAGAAUGUUGACAGUGAUAAUGAUGAAUGGCAAGUAAGUGAACUUGAAGCUGGUACGGCAGAGGAAGAUGAGGACUCUGGUGUUGAAUCUCCAACCAAUCAAGAUGCUCCCGCUUGUCAGGAGGAUCAUGCAAAGGACUGCCAAGAUGACAUUGAGGAUGAGUAUGAGCAAGAAUAUUCUAAGAAUGGUGCUCAGGUUGUCUCAACUGUUGCAAGUGAUGAAGAUGAAGGAGAUGUGGAUGAUAUAUCUGUACAACAUGUUAAGAACUCCUUUGGUGACUCUGGUGGCAACACCGACUUACAUCUUUUGAGUAAAAUUCAAAGCAGUUACAGGGAGGAGGAUGAUGUACAAGAUGAUUCAUGCACAUCAUAUGAAUUUGAGCAAAUUGAAAGCUGUGAUCCACUUUAUACAGGGACUGAUCAAAAGCAGUCUAAUCAAGAUUGAUGCACAUGCUGUAUGUAUUAAAUGUCGUUGGGUUAAUUGAGCAUGAAUAGGUUAUGUUUUGAAUCCUUGCAAUAGUAAAGCUUGGAUACUUAUACAAGAGGGAAAGAGUUGAUUUUGUUAAUGAGUGUUCAUGUCUGAUCUCCUAAAUUAUAUUUGGCCAUGGUUGGCAUAAAAUAUUGGUGCUGGAAAGCCUUUGAGGGAUAAUUGGGGUGCAACUCCCAGAAGAUCCAUAAUUCUGACAAUAAGGAGGAGUUUGCAUUGGUGUCUCAAAGGGGAUGCUCAUGGAAUCUUCCCUUGAAUCUGCUGGUUGCCACUGUUAUCAGCAAGACAAAGUCCUGAUCUUUUAGUUAUUGGGAUCAGUCUCUUGAGAAAUAGUAUAUUUAUAUUGAGGACUCCAGAGUCAAGAUUUUGAUGGGAGUCAUAUAAGUUGAAAGAUUUUCAUUUUUUAUUGUUAGCUUUAUUCUUUGCCCUUAUUUGUUAUUUGUUUUCUGUAGCAGUUCUGGCAAGAAUGGCCUUGCUAUCAAUGUAACACUUAAAUUCAUGAGGCAAUAAAAUUAGUUGCUCCAUCUUGUCGCUUA